UUUAGUCUCAUUUCAGUCGAAUGAAGAUGUUUACAUGUACAUCUUUCUUCUCUUUUCUCAGACACAAACGGCUCAGACAACUCCAUUCCCAUGGCUUAUCUGACCCUGGAUCACCAGCUGCAGCCUCUCGCUCCCUGUCCCAACUCCAAAGAGUCCAUGGCCGUGUUCGAGCAGCACUGCAAGAUGGCCCAAGAAUACCUGAAAGUGCAAACAGAGAUCGCCCUGCUGAUCCAGAGAAAGAAGGAGCUCAUCGCUGAACUGGACCAAGACGAGAAGGACCAGCAGAACACGUCCCGUCUGGUGCAGGAGCACAAAAAGCUGCUGGAGGAGAACAAGAGUCUGUCCACAUACUACCAGAAGUGCAAAAAACAGCUGGAGCUGAUCCGGGUCCAGCAACAGAAGAGACAGGGCACGUCGUGAUGAGACAGAGACAUUAUGAACUGCUUCUAUCCCUUCCCUCCCCGCCCGACCCCCCCCCCCCACACCACCCCUCCUCCUCCUCCCCUGCACUAUAACACUACACACUCAUGCUCUGCACACACACACACACACACACACACUGUUCCCAGUCCAGCUUUGUAAAGAGACCUGCAUUCUACUGUGUCCUGCAUGUUGUAGACCCUUAGGAGACGACGUCCUCUGUACAUACAUUUGCACAUGCUCACAGUGUCUUCUGUGAACGCAGACCAAACAAUCACUGCACCCAAACCGGAUCACCCCCCCCACCGCUGUGCUCCGGGGCGGGACCUUUUUUUUUUCUUCUUCUUCAGCGGCGGUGCGUCCCCAGAGUGUGACGGCAGGCCGGUGAGUGUGUGUUUCUUGCUCUCAGGGCCUCUGGGCUGCCUGGUCAGUGUGUGUCCACUCAGCUGACAGCCUACACCGUCCUCCAGAAUGUGAAAAGGCGUUUUUUUUUCAGCAAAAAGUGUGAAUCGUAUGCAGAAUUUUUGAGAUCCAUGAGGAUGUUUGAAACUCUACAGUGCGCGCGUGGAAUUCCCCGUUAUGCAAAAUAACACCUAAAUCAACGUAAUUUAUAUCUUUAACCUCACUUUGAGCCCUUCCACAGACCGCCAGGUUACUCCUUCGAGAUGUUUGAUGUCUUCAGCUCAGAGCAAAGAAACAUUUUUAGGUUUGUGGAUGCAGCGUCAGUAAUCUCCUCUUAAACAAAAAAAACCUAACUUCAAGAGCAAAUCCAAGGAACUGUGGAUUCCCUUUUUAUUUUGACUUCAGUAUUGUUUUUGCGUGUCGAUGUUUUUUUUUGUCUUUUCUAUUCAGUAGUUCACUUUGUAUGAUAGCUCUUGUGUCAUUUUUUUGCAUUAGGACAUAUUUUAUCUGGUCUGGGAAUGCCCUUGCGGACAAAAAUAGCGGAGCCUAUACCUCCCUAUACAGUAUCUAGUUUGUUUUUAGUUCACAUGUUGCCUUAGAAGUUGCCUGCAUUUUAAGUGCUUGUUUUAUGUGACAUUUAGUGGGGAUAAAAGCUAAAAAAAAAAAAAAAAAAGAAGAUAUUUUUAACGUAAUGGACAUUGAAUGAAAUUCCGAACGUCAGUAAGCUGAUAAUGUAAAUGUUUCCCACCAGCUUUACUUCCAAAACAUGACAUGUACUCUAAAAGAAUGUGAUUUUUUUUUUCUUGAUCUCAUUUCCCUUUUGCACAAUCACUUUGUUUUGUCUGGACAUGUACAAAUUUUAUUUCUCAUUUAUUAAGCAAUUCUGGUUUUAAAAGUGCAAGACUUGAUGAGUCUUACUUUUACAUGUGUUACUGUAGGGGAGUGAAUCUUGGCUGGUUCUCCUCGUCUGAGUUUUCUGUUCACGAAGAAUUUUACCCACACACCACACUGUUCAUGAAGUGUUUUCUAAGUUAUUGGGAUCUGAGGUACACCAUAUGACAGCGAGCAAGGCAUUAUAAAAUAAACUGAAUGGUGAAAAGAUGCA